CGCAAGGUCUACUCCCAACUUACCCGCUUCUGACAUAUUUACACUGGCCCUGUAUUAUUUUCACUAAGUAGUAAUAUAGGACAAUGACUGGACAAGUCUCCAGACGUUCCCUGGACGCGCUGACCGUAUUUAUUUCCUGAAUCUAAUUACAAUGCACACCAUGUCUCCAGCACUCUGCAAUAGGUCUUUACGCGUUUGUUUAAAAUGAGUUGCAAUGCUCAAGUGGUGUCUGGCCUAUAAUCACACAAAACGGGCCUUUACUCUACCACGAGAUGUGCAUUUAACUGCGAAGUUACCGCAUACGUGACUAUAGCUUUUGUCGCAAAUGAGAUAACACUGGGCGGUAUGAACCAAAACUAACGCGGAGGAAACAUAACUUGAAUUGCCAGAGUUGUAAUUUCACGCACAUUCAGGGAUGUUGCGUUGAAAAACUCUGCGCUGUAGAACAGGGUAGACACAACCAUUUUCAUCCUGAGGCGCGGAUUGGUACAAAAUGUGGUGUGGCAAGGUAUGGUUACACUGCAGUUGGCUUAUGGGACCCGCACAUUGGCUUGCCAGCAGGUUGUGUUUCUUGCAUCAGCAGCUUUCGGGGCUAACGUUAGCCACAAACGAAGCGCAUUAAUUAGUACGUAGUGUAUUGGGCGACAUGGUUUGGAUACGAUCUUUAUCGUAUGGUCCUGUUCUGUAGGAUUGUUUGAUGUGGUAAUCGUGUGUUGGUACUAACAUGACCGGAGCAAGCCCACGUCAGAUCUCACCAUAUCCCGUCUAUAGACCAGCCCAUUAUUAAAUAACCUUAUUACCCUUGGAGCGAAUUGUGGGGCGGAUGACUCUUGGAUCAACCACUGCUGCAUCUAGUGUUUUUGUAAACACCAGGAAGACGUUUUGAUGAUUACGUUAUGGUCGCCUAACGAGAGAGAUGGGUUUUGUGUCGCAUCUAUUUCCAGUUAUUUAUAGCAGUUGUGCGUUGAAAGCUGUAGUGAAUAAUUUGAGCAAUUAUGACAGUGUCUAAGCAUCUUUGAUACGGUGGGAACUGGUUCAGUGUGCUUUGAGCAUAAUGGACGGCUUGAAGGUAUAUGAAUUGUAUUGCAUAAUCUGUUUCGGAAAUACCAACAUGGCGUAGUGCGCGCUGACUAGAAACUGCGGUGAAAUACUGAGCCUUCAUUCAUCUGACCCUGCAGAAGAUACGCUCAGAUGCAGUGUGCUUUUCAUCUCUAUUACUUGAUGCAAGGCCGCUUUAUUUGAGCAAAUGCAAUAAGACGGUGUUUUUUUUCUUAAUUUCACACCGUUAAUUUUAUUGUUUACAUGUUGACAAUUGUUAGGACACUAGAUUAUACACUUUUAAAUUGAACUGUGUUAAGAUGACAUCAUGUGCUUUAGACUAAUGCUGGACCUAAAUCCACCUACUUACACAGCCCUGUCACACAGUGACUUAACCCGAGCACAUGUAGGGCAGUGGGUUUGGUUCAUUUCACUCGUCUUUGAUUCGUUCAGAGGUAGACAUUUUAGUAGGGAAAAUAAUCUGCACCAGUAUCUGUGUAAAUAAAUUUAUUGUACAGAUUUUUCUAUUGUCUGGUGUCCGCUAUUAAUACAUUUGAACCUAUAUAAGGCUUAAACUUUAACCUGAAAGGUCAUAAUAUUCUUUAUGUACAAUUCUAGAAAUGUAGUAAAAAUAAUAAUAACGAUCUCAAACUGCAGGAUGAAGAAAAGUAUUUACUUAUUAAUGCAGCAAAACAAAUGGAUGGAAAUCAAAAUUUUAACAAAAUGUCCAGUAGCAUAAUACUUCAAUGAAUGUAAACUAGAUUAUUGAGGAGAUGAUUAUCACCAACAUUCACCGUGUCAUCAUGUGACCACUUUGUAUUUUUCUGACAUUGUUUUAAUGAUCAUGAUGCAUGAAAAUUUUCCACUGUCAAGACUCAGAACGCGAAGUACAGGCUGUCCUCUGGCGGGGCAGUAAGCGGGUGGUGUGGAGCAGGCCUUGGUGCCCGUCUCUCGGCACUGCAUGGCUGCGAUGGCGCCCGCUCUCACCGACGCCCCAGCCGAAGCUCACCACAUCCGCUUCAAACUGGCUGCCCCCUCUUCCAGUUUGUCCCCAGCCAGUACAGAGAACAACGGUAACGCCAGCAACAUUCUUAUCCAUAGCAGUGGUCCUGCGAAGGGCAAGGCCGCCCCAGAAGAGUGCCCGCUUGACUUUUGUGGAGGAGAUCAGGAGCAGGAGCAGCCCCAGGCCGACCCAGUGGCACAGGCCUCUGCCCUGGGAAAGCUUCAGCCUCUGGUAGCUUCCUACCUGUGCUCGGAUGUGACGUCUGUUGCUUCAACCAAGGAGUCAAUCAAGUUGCAAGGAGUCCUUCUCAAACAGUCAGUGCUUAAAAAUCACAGAAUCCUGCCCACCUCCCUGCUCAACGGUGGUGGGGAGUUCCUGUUGAGGAAAAGGCAGGCCAUUGAACUCUCUGGUGGUCAUCUCAAAACCCUAAUGAGUGGAAGCACCAACGGUGGCAGCCAGCCUAUGGCUCCGGUCAAUGGCCUGGCCAAGAAACUGGCCACAAUCCCCGGCUCUGGCUGCGUGGUGGCAGUGAACGGUGACAAGCCUUCUGCUGCCACAGACUCUCACACCCAAAACCAACCCCUGGAUUCAGAGACUUUAGAUGCUUCUUUAUCAGGACAUGUCCCGUUGAAAGGAACCCUCAAUCAGAAGCAUUCCUCAGGGGUUUCCCAAACUAAUGAUGGAAAUAACCUUGAAUCAACAGUGCUUCAACCUGCUGCACUUUCCCCCUUUACCCAAGAUGCCUCAAACUCCAGUGAACCUGGUGGACAGGUGGAGGCUGAUUUAAACACACUUAACCAGCUACAGGGAUGUGAUGGGGAGAGACCUGGGAGCAGCCAACAAGGCUCUCCGUCCUGUGCACUUAUACCAGACCUUCCCCUCCCUUGUGGCUCCAACUCUGAGUCCAUUGAAGCUCACAUUAGGGAGCGCACUCUCCUGAACAGUAACCGCCAGUCCGAGAUCGAAGGUCGACUGCGCCGCCUGCGUAAGCGCCUUCAGGUGGUCCAGGCCAAGCAAGUGGAGCGCCACAUUCAACAGCAGCUCGGGGGCUUUUUAGACACCGCUCUUAGUCGGUUAAUUUCUACUAACCGUAAGUCAGAGACCACCACCCCCACGGCCACAUGGAGGACUGGGCGCCACUCAAACAACAAAGAUGGUCUCAGCAGGUUCCUGAAAAGCGGAUCCAUGCCUUUGGAGCUGGAGCGGCUGUACCUGAGUGGAACGGCCAACCUGCAUUCAGCUGAAAGCGCCUUCGACUCGGAUGUGACCGAGAGUAGCUCUGGAGGGGACUCUGACCUGGAGGAGGAGGAGCUGUCCCGGGUGGACAUUGAGCAGAGACAUGUCAAAAUAUGGAAGCGGGCAGAGAGUCGCUACACGGUGGAGCGAGCGGCCAUCAUCAGUCACUGGAAUUGGCUCCAGGCUCACAUCUCUGACCUGGAAUAUCGCAUCAGACAGCAGACGGACAUCUACAGACAGAUACGUGCCAGCAAGGGCUCAGUGGAGUUGGGAGGUGUUGCUCCUAGUGUAACAGAAGUCAAAUCAGAGCCUGUAAAUAGUACGGACGUGGCUUCAGAGCGGCUGGAGCACACGGUCACCGCCCACAUCACCAACGCAGAGCCUACAGGAGCCUGGAAAGGUCAAAAUGGACAGCCUGUUAAUGGCGUCCUCAGCAGGAUGGCAGAGUGUGCGGAGCCCCGGCCCCUGCAGCCCCUCGACAGCUCGUGUGUGGCAGCUCGGACGAGGCCCCUCGUCAGCUGUCGCCGACGGCGCCUCAUUCAGCCCAACUCUGUGCCCAACCUCAAUGGCAAGGCCCCCAGAAGCUGUGUCCAGUGUAGCUGCAGAGUAAACCCGAGCUGUGUGAUGUGUGGUGGCUGGCCCACCCCCAGAGAAGACCCCCAGUUUGAACUGCCCACCCUUGAGCGCCUGUCAAGGCUGGAUCUUGGCAUCCACCCCAUUCUGUCCUUCCCUGACGACGUGAGUGUCAGUCUGCGCCUGCAGCAGGUGAUGAAGAGCCAGUGGCACAUGAAGUCACUGGAGAGACGCAAACCUCUGAAGAAACUCUCCCUCAAACACAAGUUAUCCUCCUCCAAAGAGAAGCACAAGUUUACCAACUCACUUAUGGCAGUCAGACUGGGUCACUAUAAGAGCCGUGAGAAGCAGAGGUCUCUGGAGAGUGGUGGCAGCAGCAGCAGCAGUGCGGUGCUGAACUCGUCCAGACUGGACAGUCAGUGUAAGAGCGAGCGGUUGCAGACCUCCACCCCUCUUGGACCCUACGACAAGAGCUUCAGCCGCAAGAGAUUACGAGAGCACUCUCUGGAACGCUCAGACACAUCUCCCAAGUUGUUUCUGGACUCAAGCAGUCCCUGCCCGACGUUGGCACACAUGCACUCGUCCCUCCACAGCCCCCUCACGCGACAGCUCUCCACGUCCUCCGAAAACUCCACCCCACUGGGCCCUGGAGCACAGAGCAUCAUAACCACACCUCAGCAGCCGAUCAAGAGGAGGAGAGGUGAGAGCUCUUUUGACAUCAACAAUAUUGUGAUCCCCAUGUCUGUGGCAGCCACCACCCGAGUGGAGAAGCUGCAGUACAAAGAGAUCCUCACACCCAGUUGGCGAAUGGUGGAUAUUUUCUCCCAGAAAAUAACUGAAGAAGAGGAUCAACGGGAGGUGGAGGACCUGUCGGAGGCAGCCUUCGUGCAGCUCCACCAGCCGUACGAGGACCAGGAGAGGUCCCGCUGGUCCUGGAUGGCACUGGCUCCAGCCAAACGGCGGGGAAGCAGGUCAUAUAAAUCUGUAGAUGGUCGGACCACACCGCUGCUGUGUGGAACCAACCCCCCCACGCCUCAGCCCGCCUCCCCAGACCCCGGACACUGCCCCCUGCUGCACGACUACAGCCAUGUGCCGUCUCCCCUGAGCCCCCCCAGCCCUGACACCACCUCCAACCCUCAUACGCCCUGCUCCAGAGACUCCCACCGCCUGCUCUCCAGUGAAGACACGCGCUGCUCCACACCGGACUUCUCCUUUGAAGAACGAACGGUGGCGCCGUGGGAGCGCCGGAGCUUCCCUCUGUCUGAAGACCCCGCCCCGGAGCCUGAGGCCGACCCCGACAUCAGACCCAGGAUGAGGAGCAUCUCAGGUUGCCGAGCAACAGCCUUUGGGAGGCUGGAUUCAGAUGACAUGGACCUGCCUUGUGAUGAAGACACCCCCAAACACAGGAUGUCCCACCGAUAAAUGACUGACCGGCGCCCCCUACAGCUCCUCUCUGGCAUUAACAAACAGAACCUCAAAGCAAAAUAAAAUAUUAAUGGGUUCCUGUUGUUUGAUAUUCAAACAUCAGUCUAAUACUUUUCACAGUUUUUAGUGAAUAUUAUGGAGAUAGAAGCCUUUCCCUACACUUGUUUUUGUCACAAGAAAAAAAGGAUAAAUGUUAAAAAAAAAAAGUAUAAAAACAACACGUUACAAAAAAUGAUUUCUGUAGUAGGCUAAACAAUGUACAUGGGGGCUUAGUGGUGUUCAUAUGUCGCGUGUACACUUGUAGCGCACUAUGUAGCGGACUCCUCAAAAUAUGGCCAAAGGGUGUUUUCUAUUGACUAGUUUGCUUGUAAUUCCCAUGUACAUUUUUAGUGGAGUGACAAAUAACAAAACAAGAAAAAUGCCCUCCCUCCUCCUGUCUGCCCUUCAUCCAAACCCACAGGUACAUGAGACGUGGUCCCCCUUGGUCCUUUAAGAGGAAGUCACCACAGCACUUCUGCAACUGCCAAGUCUAGUUUUGUUGGUUUGCUUUCAUUGUUUUUCAUUCCUGGAGUUAAUUUUGUGUAUGUUCUGUCUGUUCCAGCUCAACACAUUUUCUUUGUGUUUUAAAUAGUAAAAGUAAAAAAAUCAUUCCUUUUAUCUUUGGAAAUCGUCCGUCUCUCUUUCCCCUUGCCGUGUGUCUCUUCUUUUGAGUUUAAAACAUGGGGUGAUGGCGAGACGACUGGGAUGUCCUUUAAGAGCACUUGCCCAACAGAAAGCAAUGCUGCAUGCUCUGAACAUGCUACUCGAAUGCUAGUUUUAUCACAGUACUACUUAUUAAGAACCAAACAAUCACAGGCUAAAUGGGAAUGAGUAUACCAUCAACUUCACUCCCGGAUCCUUUGCAUUUCUGUAUUUACAUGAGUAAAUUGUGGCAAAAUAAAAAAUAACAUGAAGCCCUCCUCCAUUUUACUGGCUCGGCUUGACAAGAAGAAUUGUUUGUCUUGCAAAUUUUAAUCAUCCAAAUGUAGCGGCACCCACUCAACUGAAGCCAACCCCAACUCAGGUUUUUCAAUUUAAGGGAAUCUACUUUUCUGGUGUUAAUAGUUUGAACAUAUGAUCUGGAUAUUCUAGACUACUGUUGCUUUUGGUGAAAUUUUGUUUUUGCCACCCCACAGUCAUAACCACACAAUUGCCCCUCCUAAGUAACUAAUUGCUAUGCAAAAAAUAUAUGGUUGUUUUUCUUUUAUGCCACAGUCAUUCAAUCACUGUUUUUUCUUUUGUAGUUAAGCAAGAUGUCAAUGUACCUGUUCGAUUGUUGCAGCAGUUAACCUAAUCAAAAGCAGAAUUGUUUUUUUGUAAAUAGUACCAUUAAAACAUUUAUGUUUAACUUGG